AGGCAAUGUGCGGGUUACAUUUUCGCGGGAACAUUAGUAACGCGGUUCGAGUGGCGGGUUUUCAUUAUCGGAGAGUUCCACGCGUGCUUUUGUUAAUCUCCUCACGUCUUCGUCUCCUCGUCUCCUCAUCCGCGGUCUGUGUGUAGGGGAACCGCUGCGGUAACGCCUUGUGCUGAGAGGCGGUGAGGCUGAAGAGGAGGAGGCUGCGGGAAGAAGGAAAGAGACUGCAAAGAUGAACACCGGGCGCAGCAGAGUCAAUGCCGAGCUGGAGAACAGCAACGUAGGUGUGGUUAAGAGCGGAGUUCCAAUGGGCGACGGUCUGGCUCCAAGGACCAGGCGGACGCUGCAGGAGAUCCAGCCGUGUGUGCCCCCACAAGAUGCCACGAGGCGUUUGAUGCAGGCGGCGACGGUAAAGGCGGCGCCAAAUGGGAAGACGACGCAGAAACGACAGACGGGGCUAGCUGGCUGCAGCAGUCGAGAUGCGUACGCCCUCAUGGUUCAGGAGGAUCCGCCCCCGGAAUACUGGCAGCAGCUGGCGGAGCAGCGCAGACGGGCCUUGGCCCAGGCGCUGCAGGAGAACAAGCGGUUGCGGCUUGAGCUGGUGCAGCGCGACCAGGAGAUCGCGGAGCUCCGACGCGAGAAUGAGGAUCUCUCGGAGGUGGCCGCCCACGUCGACUUCCUGGCCACGAUGAUCGAGAGGCUGACUGGGGAGCGUCCAUCAUUGGAAGAGGAGGCACAGGUAGAAGAGGGGGAGGGAGCGACUGUCCAGCAGGACUAGCGAGUGCCGCAUUUCAUCGAUACCACAAUUCAUCAAAUCUGCAACGUCUCAUGGUGUCUGAAACCAAACUACUUGGGACUUGGGACCUGCUCGUCCCCCAGCCUCCUGGGUGCUCCUACUAAAACACUGCCUCUCGGCCUACCAGUCGGAAGCUUUGAACUCUUUUGUCUGGGCACCUUGGCUGAAACAUUUGCAAGACACGUGCUGGUGACUGCUGCUAAUGGUUGCUACAAUGCACCCAUGUGCAGAGUUGAGGAUCGGGUGAAGUGAGAUCCAGCGGUUCUCUUGAGUGCUGUUGUCGACACCAAGAAAUGCUAGUUUGUUGGCAUUGAUCCGGACUGCAUUUUUCAAGAAGUUCAGAUACAAGACCCUAUUGGCUUUAAGCGAUCGCGUUUAUCAGUGUAAUUUUUAAAAGGAGCCUUUUCCACGUCAAUUGUCAGGCGAAAUGAGUAUACUGCUGUUUGCUUAACAUUUGUCUGCAUAUUAGCUAUUCUGUGUGGAGCCAGUGUAAUUGUCUGUUUCCACUAUGUAAAAAAUAUGUUCGAUGGCAUGGAAAAGCAUUUGCUUUUCUGCCAAAAUGUGUCCAUACAGUAUGACCUUUAGAUGUUGCCUGCUGGGUUGUACUACCAAACGGUGACUGCCAGUGGUCCAUUCCAAUCUAAGGACACUCCUUCCAGUUAUUGCUAUCAUCAAUUUAUAAUAAAGUAUGCACUGGCAUUGACUAUAUGAACGUUUGAAGUAACUUGUACUUAGAUGGACCAGGGGUGGUGGAUGUGAAUUCUUGAGCCAUGUGAACUGGAGUGUAGUCGCUGCCAGUGUUUUGGUCAUCAUCCACUUGGGCGAUUUUAGGGCAGUCGCAACCUUUUUCCACUGGCAAUUAAAUUAUAAGUCGCAUGACCUGAGGUUUGCAUUAUGGAACAAUUGUUAGUGUAUGACACCUUCCAGCACACCGUUUCCAUUGGCAAGACAACUCGGUCACUGCCAUUUGCAUUGUCAAGUUGCUGUUGUUAAUCUUAAAUGCUUUGCCGAUUGCCAUAACACUGCCCAAGAGUAUCGCAGCUUUUAAGAGUUUGCACAGACCAAACCGCUUGCUGCUCCAUUCUGCCAAGGAGAAGGCAUUCGUGUCUGGUCUUGCUUCAAGCUCCUAGCGGCUUCUUGUUUAACUGCUACAGCAGACGUGGUGCCUUUUUUUUCCACUGCAUGCAGGAGUGCAUUGCGUCUUAGUUUUAUGAUCCACUUUUUUUGGUGGUAACCAGUGGAGGGAUUUAUCUCAGUUGCAAUCUGUCAUGUUUUCUGCAACGUGAAAUGGCGGGUGUCUUAGAAAUUUAAGUAUUUUUAUCUUUGCUUGUUGACGUGAUGGAAUGCUGUGUUACAUUAGCCAGUAUGGGUACAGACUGUUUUAUUCCUAAUUGUGAACACAUUUGUUUAAGCUCCUUUAAGAUAGUUUUUCCAAAUUAAUGUUUUGCCAUCCCAAAAAGGUUGUGGAUCCUGAAGGGUGGAAUUUAUGUUGGUACACUCUGCCAUGUUCGUGGCAGCUCAGUGAGCGCCUCGUUUUAAAAAAAUGUUUCGUUUUAUCCACUGUACAUUUUUGCGCCUUGCAAUUUCACCUUCAACCCUAAAUAAAAUGUAAGUAAAGUUGUUAUCUUGA